GCUCCGGUGUUUUACGCACAGUAGUGAACACAGAGUAUACACUUUACUCUGAUUUACACUGGUAAUCCGACUAAUGAGUUUGUUAGGCUACUUGUUGCAUUGUACUGUCUGUAUGCAGCCGUCUUUGAGUGUAGACACCAAUGGAGCUGGAGGGGCAGUGGUGGAAAGGGGAGCUUGCAGAGGACAUCUAUCAGGCCCUGCGUUACAAAGAGCUGCGGUUGCCUGCAUACAAAGGCCAGUCCCCACAGCUCAGCCUUAGACGAUAUUUUGCAGACCUCAUUGCAAUAGUGAGCAAUCGGUUCAAGCUGUGCCCAGCUGCCAGACACUUGGCUGUUUAUCUGUUGGACCUGUUUAUGGACCGCUAUGACGUUUCUGUUCAGCAGCUCCACAUGGUGGCGCUGUCCUGCUUGCUUUUGGCCAGUAAGUUUGAGGAGAGAGAAGAUUGUGUGCCGAAGCUGGAGACACUGAACAGCCUCGGCUGCAUGAGCUCCAUGAAUCUGGUUCUGACCAAACAGGCUCUCCUGCACAUGGAGCUGCUGCUCCUCGAGACGUUUCAGUGGAACUUGUACCUCCCUACGGCCGCUCACUUCAUAGAAUACUACCUGCCAGUCGCCAUGAAUGAGACGGACCUGCAUGAUGGCUGGCCGAUGGCGUGUAUGGAGAAGACCAUGAUGUACAUGUCAAAAUAUGCAGAUUACUUCUUGGAGGUCUCUCUACAAGGUGCAUUGCACAAAAAUUUCCCAAACUCUCUGUUUCUGAUCACUUUGACCAGAUUAAAAUGCUUACAGUUUCUCUUCAUGGAUAUAAGUUGGUGUUUCAGGCUUGAAGACAUAUUUCUUUUCUCUUCUGAAGAUCAUGCAUUUCUGCGAUUCGUCCCAUCUUUGGUCGCUGCGGCGUGUGUGGCUUCUUCUCGAGUAAUCUUGCGUUUGUCUCCUACAUGGCCGCCCCGCCUGCAGCGCCUGUCAGCGUACACCUGGGAGCAGCUGUUGCCCUGCGUGGAGAGACUUUUAAUUGCUCACGACAGUGAUGUAAAGGAAGCGAACCAGCAGAAAUGCCAGCAGCCAAGUGUUCGGUCAGCCCAGACGGCAUACCCCAUCCCGCAUCAGUACAUGCAGCAGCCAAACUCGCAGUACGUCCAGCAGAACUGCCAGCCGGUGAUCGUGUCUGCUCCGAGCCAUAACACCUACCUGACCCAUGCCACCUCAAUGCAGGUCUCCAAGGCCCCUCUGCAUGAGCACGGGCAGCCCCAAACAAUGUGUGCACCAAUGGAUGCCAAAGUGAACAUGCCCAGUAGAGUGUACCAGGUGAAUGCACUGUACCCCUGUACAGCUCCCUGCUUCCACAGAUGAUUGAGCGGACAUGAAGUUGUGGGAAUGUAAACACACAAAAAAAAGCACACUGCUCUUAAAGGGACAGUUCACCCAAAAAUGAAAAUUCUGUCGUUUACUCACCCUCAUGCUGUUUGGAACGACUUGAACAUGAGAAAAUGAUGACAGAAUUUUUAUUUUUUCGGUGAACUCUUCCUUUGAAUAGUACUUGAUCUGACCCGCGUGAACUGCUGAAUUCUGUCUUUUUAAUUGAAAUGAUCAGGGUGAAAACUACAAAGCGUUAGAUCACUGUAAUGUUGAUAAUGAGGUAUGGUGUGAGCAGAAAUGUGCAAUAUUAAGAUGCUGUCAUGCAUCACCCACUGCAUACUACCUCAUGGUGUUUCAUUUAUUGUGUUAAGUUUACUUAAUAGUAGUAGUAUUAUUUACAGGCAUGUUACAUUAAUGAAAACGUCAUGAGAGUUUGAAGUUACAUUGAGGUUUUACUAACACAAGCAAUUCGCAAGUGUUAAUUUGCUCUUCCUCAUUGAAUAUAGACUAUUAUUGUCUCGCAACCUUAAAAAUGCACUUUGGCACAGUAUUAUUUUUUGUUUUUUAAUAAAAAUGCAACAUUUCUGUUGUAGCUAGUUUUGUUGUUUUGUUAUAUUAUGCUGGGUUAUGCAGAGAUUGUGGUAUAUGUUCAUGAUUUAAAAAGCUACUCCACAGUUUUCAACUGCAAAUAUUUUGCUAUUCAGUAUGCUUUAAAAUCAAGCACCUAAAAGUUUACCCCCUUUUUUUUAUUAAUAGAAUCACUACACUUUUUUUUUUUGACAAUCAUGAACUUUUUUUUUUUUUUGAGAAUCAGUAAAUUUAUUUAUUUUGUGACAAUCAUGAAACUUUUUUU